GAUUAGUUAUUUCACCGAAAAGAAUAUUUUUGAUUAUUGUAUAAAUUUGAAUUGUUAUUAAUUAUAGUUUACUAAUUAAAUAAGCAAUGAUAUAAAUGCUACAUUUCAUUAUACAUUGUUUUCUAAAUAUUACAAAUAUUGGCGUUAUGUUACAAACUGUGCAAUAUGAAAGAAAAUUUAUUGAAGAUUAUGCGGAAACGUAAUAAUAUAUAAAAAUGUUAUCCUUACACACUUUGUGCUCAAGAGAUUAUAGUAAUAACACAAGGCUUAUUUACAUUAAAAUGUGGUAUGCUGCCAUAUUACGCUUUAUCCGAAGACCAUUGGUCCUGGGUAUUAUAUUUGCAUCUUCGUUGACUUACUGUAUCGUCAGUUUUCUUAGAGAGGGUACAGAUAAAAAUAUGAUAUAUCAGGAUGUUUCCUUAGAGCAGAAACCUUUUGUGUGGAGAACAUUACAGGAGCACAAUGAGACUGUAGAUGUUGAGUGCAGAAACUCCGUUCAAGGAAGAGCACUUAUAGUAGAUGACAGAGGUUAUGUUUGUCAAAGAAAUGAUGUAGGAAAGAAUGGAUGCUGCAUUGCUGAUGCAGAAGAAACAUCAAGAUACAGUUGUACAUCAUGUAAUGCAAACCACUGCUGUAUUGUAUAUGAAUACUGUGUCUCCUGUUGUCUGGACCCUAACAAGAGAAAUAUGCUGCAAGUGGUCCUCUCAAAACUCACAGUUGAAGAGCAUGUUCUAGUCCACUCAUUAGCAGAUGAUUAUGAACUGUGUCUCACAAAAUGUAGGACUAGUUCCCACAGUGUCCUCCAUGAGAAUUCCUACAAAAACCCAGGUCAUAAGCACUGCUACAGCGAUACAGGAGAGACAAAAACUCAAUCCUAGCAUUUACUUUUACACAAACUGCGGAAACCUGCCUGAUAUUAAAACAUUUGUGUUAUCUGUGACUUUACAAGUGCAGUUCAGUGGGACCAUUUUAAUGUUAAGGUUAUUUAUAUGAUUAGUUUAAUUUCAUCUUGUUUUAUGGAAUCCAUUUUCUUGACGAGCAUUUGUGCCUUGCUAGAAUAGGAACUAGGAUAAUUGUAACUAGCCAAAUAUAUAGGUCUCAGGUCUCUAACUAUAAUUCAUUGUAAUGGAUAUAUAUUCAUGUCUUAAUGCUUUAGUCUAUUGGCAUAUAAUAUGUUAAUAGGUUAUUGCAAUAUAAAAGAGACUGUAAUAGACUAAGAUUUCACAGACUAUCUUUACAUACUUUAGAGAAGCACAAACAUAAAUUAUAUAUUAUUAUUGACUAGAAAAUUGUUAAUUAUUGCUGUAAUGAAAUUUACAACUCCAUAAGAAAUUAAGCCACGAAACAGUACCUUGAAUAUUGAAAUUGUUAAAUAAUUUAAUUGAAAUUUAUUCUUUAUACAUAAGCCAUUUAAAAUUUAUUUAAAAAACUAAUCUUAUUUUGUUUUCAUGAAACAGGUAUUAGAAAAUGUCUUAAAUAUUCCUUAUAGCAAAUUUAUAUGAAUCGUAACGGAGCCUACGGCGUAGAAAAUAUUUAGUAUGAGAGUAAAUACAAGGCUUAUUAAAAAAUUUAUUCAAUGAAAAAGAUAGGCAAACAUAAUAUUUUGUCAUAUGUACAAUAGAUUUUUUUGUGUACUUAAAAAGAAAUCCUUUGCUUAUGCAAUAAAUUUACUGAAAACAUGAACUUAACAAAUACCAUCUGCCCAACAUCUGGAUGUGGCCGUCAACCCCAAAUCUUAAUUGCUAAAAACACACAAAAGAACUGUAAAACGAAGAUAUCUUCAAUACUUUAAGAAUAUUUCUAACUGAAUACUCUUUCUCUCGCUUAAAACGGCACUGUAUAUUUUUGAAAUAACCUUAGGAAAAAUAUAUAAAUAAGUAUAUGAGAUAAGAAUAAGACCAAGAGAUUUCAUAAAGGGAUGGUUGACAUUUGAUCACCAUAAUUCAGUUUCUGUUGUUAACGUUUCACUAGAUAGAUUCUAUAAGUGCCUUACGAUACGUGUAUGAAUGAAUUGUUUUAAAGGUAUUUUAAACUAUUUACAUAUUAUGCACUUAGAAUUAAUAUCGAUAAGACCUUUAAAAACGUUUAGGCCUUAGCAUACUUAGUUACCAAAUUCGUUUCCUUAUAAGUUAAAUAUAAAAUAUUAUUUAUAUUAUGGAAGUAUGUUAGAUAUAAAGGAAAUAAAUAUACACCAAGACGUCAGUCUAGAUACAUAUUUAUCGUAUAUGGUCCAAGAUCCCAGCGCCUCAUGGCGACACGUAUUUUCUAACAAACGAAAUGUCGACGAUUGAGUAGUAUUUAUAUGUCCUAUGAUCGUAUGCUUAUUGGCUUAGACAGUAAUUUUCCAGACAUGAGGUACCUACCUAAUCAAGAUACACAGUUGAUACUUGGCAAAGAUUCUCCCAGCUUGUUUUUUGCGUAUAUUUUAGACGAUAACGUAAAAGACACUUUCCUUCGGCCAUAUUGCUGUACAGACACUUCAAAGCUCCCAAAAUAAUUAACUUCACGUAAAUGUGAUGCUCCAUUUUUAAUACAAUAUGCACCAGACAACUUUUUUUGCAAGCGCAAGGGCAAUAUCCAACAAUCUCAUCCAUUACAUGCCUGAUAUCUGGAGAUUGUCCGUCUAAGCAAGAAUACCAUGGAGGCUCGCGUUCAUAAUUCACAGUAGGUACAUUUAGUACUAACAUACUAACAUUGUCCACGUUUCGUUCGUAAGGAAAAACGUGACAUUUUUUUGUAAAGGUGUCGUAAUUAAUUUAUUAUUUAAUUCAAAUAUAUUUUAACUUCAUUAAUGUUCUAUUUUUUUUAAGUUGAAAGAAUUAAUUCAAUAGAUAAAUUGUUGUGAAUGUAUUUAGACGAUUUUGCGUUCUUUGUUACGACUAUUUUAAAUGACAUUUUACUCUGAAUACAAAUAAUACUCUUCUUUCAACAAAAUGUUCAGAAAUUAACACAACGCAUCUAUGUUGUAAUAUUAAUUCCUUAUUGUAGCAAUAAUUUAUUUACACAGCGUGCUUAAUAGGACUACAUAUAUAGCAAUAAUAAUUCAAUAGUAUAGAUGUUGUUAUUAAAUUCAUGCGUUAAUGACUUAACGAGAGCAAAUGAUACAUAGUUUUUGAAUGACUUAUAUAGCUGAAUUAGUUUUAUCAAUGCGAUAGCAUUCUAUAUACGUAUCAUCAACCCCUUCGCACGCAUGUCAUCAUCCUUUUUGAAUGGCGAUUUUCGUUACGUUACAGGCAUACACAUCUUAGAUCGACAUGGCAAUGUUCCAACCACAGCUCAAUUCUGACCGCGUUAUGCUAAUCCUGUACAGCUACAUUUAAUUUUUUUCCUAGCAAAUGAAGAGAAAUGUUUUCAAGUUUUAAGUUCAACCUAAUUAUAAGUUACAAUCAUGACACCCUGAGGCCAUGGCCACACAGACAAACGGCUUACCUAGUCCCGAAUGGCUUGCAUUCUGGCUGCUUGCUAUCUAGAUGCCAAGCGGUCGGUGCAGCCUUUCUAUAACAUUCAAUAUUUUUGUUUUACUAAGCUACUCUACAGGUGACUCGCUAGGCGCUAAGCGCCAUUAAAGCCGCCUCUAUCCGGCCGUGGCCUUACUGGGUGUAUAAAGUCUAGAGUCGUAAAAUAGAACAAGUGUUAUAUAAUACUUACGAUCAUUAUGUAAGCUGUGUUUCAAGCUAACUAAAAAAAGUAAGAGCUCACUUUUGCUGUUAUUUUCCGAGACAACAUAAGUUGUGCUGUCGAUCGAAGAUAAACAUCAGAAGACAUUCGCAAAUUCGCUUGUAGAAAAGCAACUAACUUCAUAUAUAACUUGUGAAGUCCCGCGAUUGGCCGAGUAAAAAAUGGAAAUUGAAAAAAACAGUAGAUUAUAUUUUGCAUCCUUUCAAUGUACCAGCAUUUGACAAAACCCCCCUAAUCAUCUAAACAUCACAAGCUAUGCAAGCUAUACUCUUGUUUACUUCUGCAACUGUGAUCACCUUUAGCUAAAACCCUUAAUGUUAUUUAAUAUUGUAAAUACCUAAAUAUAUUUUUGUACUAUUUUA